AUGCCACGUACUCCAACAAUUGCGAAACAAUGUCCGGCGAUGGAGACGACGGCACCAUAAACGCCGGUCUCCCCACAACGUCCUCUCGAAACUUCACCCACGCUCCAAAAAAUCCCAGCGAGCGAGUUGAGUAUGCCGGGAACAUGGGUCGCGUGGAAAUGCCACCCGCUGGCUACCUCCAGCGCCCCCAGUAGGCGCACCAGCGCCCCCGAUCGAGGCUCAAGGCCCCCCCGACAACGCUCAAUCCACGCCGUCGCUGCUUCGUUGUCUCCUCGAAGUCGCACACAAUCACCCGCCUCCACAAGCUGGUGACUUCGACCCAAUACCAACACCCACGCCCCCAUGACCACGCCAAGGAGCUCCAACACGUUGAUGCUGACAUCAUUAACCCCCUGGACCGAUUUGCUCGACCCCACAAAGCAAGCUUGCUCUUCCAUAGACAGAUCAUAUGGAAAGUAGUGGCCCGUUUGCAAACAAUACCCUACAAUUGGUGCUUAGACGCAUCGGUGAACACGGAUAGUGCAGGCGGGCGUUCCAAAAUGUUGUACAUGGGUGCACACAAACUUCCGCCGCGCAACGAGAGACCACGCCCGUGGAACCACCGCCAAAAUUCGAGACCAUCGUGGAAUAAUGAACCCAGCACUACACGUCUGUUCGGGCUCGGCACUUGGGACGCGAAAUUAGACGAAGCAGGCAUCCCUACCGCGGAUAAAAGGCGCGCCACGAAAAACUUUCCUGGCCGCAACACGACGAAACGUGCAUGAGAAGCCCUGUCAACUCGGCUACUUGACGAGCUGUAGCGACUCUCCGCGUCGCGGGCCACGCAGCCAAAAUGCGUCCCAGUUUCUGCUGUUUCGUGUCGGUCAUAGUAAUCGUGAGUUACUGAGUGUCCAAUGUCCACCCCAACACAUCCAGACCGGUAGCGAAAUCGGUGAUCUUUCCUUGCGACCACAACGGCGGUUCUGCUGGGCCUCUCACUCCCAGCAGACGAAUGUGAUCCGUAGCGAGAGAACGCACCGCGCGCAAACAUCGGCGACCAUCAGCGAAAAAUCUCCCCUCAAUCAACACGCCAUUAUCAACGUAGUAUCGCACGAAAAACGGAGAACCAGCAAACGCCCCGUCGCCCACAAUAGUCUGGCAAUCAACAGGUAACGGCACCGCUGUACUUUCGUCUGGUGGGGAAACUACUUGAACAUGCUGCACAGCCGCAGCACCGGCGGGAGAGACGGACGCGUCUUGAAAUGUAGUUGUGCGUGUGUGAGUGAGUGUUCCAAAGCGGACGAGAACAAGGACCAAAACCCUGUGCUCGACCGCCAUCCAAAUUGACACCGUAGGUCAAUAACCGCGUGAGCUCCGAUCGUGUACCCAAAAACCGAUGCCCGAGACGGAUCCACGGGGAUUUUCCGGAAGGCUUCUUUCACAUCAAUGCGGCAGAUCAGAAUUUCCAACGACUCCCCGUGUACUUGUCGCAAAUACAGCACCCGCUUCAGAAUGUCACUCAGCACAUGACCCAAGAGGCAUUCAGGUGCUUGAUCAAAGUCCGUAUCGUGAUUUACGCUCGUACGGAUGGGCACGCCAGAGGUGAAAGUGAGAUCGUGAAU